AUGCCAACCAGCGGAUUAAGGUCGCCAACCCGGUGGUGGAGAUGGAUGGUGACGAGAUGACACGGAUCAUCUGGGCCUUCAUCAAGGAGAAGCUGAUCCUGCCCAACGUGAACGUGCAGCUGAAGUACUUUGACCUGGGGCUGCCGAACCGGGACCAGACGAGCGACCAGGUCACCAUCGACUCGGCCUUGGCCACACAGAAGUACAGCGUGGCCGUGAAGUGCGCCACCAUCACGCCCGAUGAGGCCAGAGUGGAAGAGUUCAAGCUGAAGAAGAUGUGGAAGAGCCCGAACGGCACGAUCCGAAACAUCCUGGGCGGCACCGUCUUCCGGGAGCCCAUCAUCUGCAACAACAUUCCCCGCCUGGUCCCGGGCUGGAGCAAGCCCAUCACCAUUGGCAGGCACGCCCACGGUGACCAGUACAAGGCCACGGACUUUGUGGUGGACAAGUCCGGGACGUUCAAGAUGGUGUUCACCCCGAAGGAUGGCAGUGGUGUGAAGGAGUGGGAGGUGUACAACUUCCCUGGAGGCGGCGUGGGCAUGGGCAUGUACAACACGGACGAGUCCAUCUCCGGCUUCGCGCACAGCUGCUUCCAGUACGCCAUCAACAAGAAGUGGCCGCUCUACAUGAGCACCAAGAACACCAUCCUCAAGGCCUAUGACGGGCGCUUCAAGGACAUCUUCCAGGAGAUCUUUGAGAAGCACUAUAAGACAGACUUCGACAAGCUGAAGAUCUGGUACGAGCACCGGCUCAUUGACGACAUGGUGGCCCAGGUGCUGAAGUCUGCAGGCGGCUUCGUCUGGGCUUGCAAGAACUACGAUGGGGACGUGCAAUCGGACAUCCUAGCGCAAGGGUUCGGCUCCCUGGGGCUGAUGACCUCGGUCCUCGUCUGCCCGGACGGCAAGACCGUUGAGGCUGAGGCAGCACAUGGCACCGUCACCCGCCACUACCGGGAGCACCAGAAAGGACGACCCACCAGCACCAAUCCCAUUGCCAGCAUCUUUGCCUGGACACGGGCCCUGGAGCACAGAGGCAAGCUGGAUAGCAACCCGGACCUGAUCAAGUUUGCCCAGACGCUGGAGAAGGUCUGUGUCCAGACUGUGGAGAGCGGGGCGAUGACCAAGGACCUCGCGGGCUGCAUCCAUGGCCUCAGCAAUGUGAAGCUGAACGAGCACUAUAUGAACACCGGUGACUUCCUGGACGCCAUCAAGAGCAACCUGGACAAAGCCCUGGGCAAGCAGUAGACGGGGUGGGGGCUCCUUUCUAGGGGUAGGGGGCAUGCGGUGGCCCAGCCCCAGCGGUGCACCUCGACCUGAACAGCACUGCAGUGGCUACCGCUCAGCGCAUGGGGCCUGGUGGGGCAACUUUUGUAACUGGUUUUCUUACGGUAUGUUUUUAAACAGUCCCUAACCGGCACAUGGGAGGCAGGAGGGAGCAGCCUGCCCAUCCCACGGGCCCUAAUUUAUGUAACCCCUGACCUCUUGGUGCCUAACGCAGCCAUUAAACCUCUUCACACACCCCACUG